UCGAUAUCAAACUAGAGCGAAUAUUUUGUAGCUAAGCCUCCACAAGUUCUUUUCAUAGGGACUAUUCGAGGCACCAACUAGUUGGUAGAGUGGGUUAUUGUAGCCCACUUCAUGUAUGGGACACCAAAUAGAAUUGUAGUGUGUACAAUUAAAUACUGUAAAUAUUAUUUCAAAACUCUAUUUAUUAUAGUAUUUAUUAUUUACUACAAUAUUUACUAUUUUACACUCAUCAUCUCUUUUCUUUUUCAUUACAAAAAUAGUCUACACUUUAAACACAAGCUAUUAUAACUUUAUAAAAGUAAUCUCCAUCCUAAAUAUUAACUAUAUAACACUCAUUAACGAUAAUAACCACGGACAACCAACUCAAAACCUCAGACGACCGAAAUAAUAGUAAUGACGAAAGCAAAAGACCGAAAAAAACUUUUAAUUUUUCAAAACGUAGACCCUUUUAGGCUACAUCUUUACGAAAAACCCAAAACCUCCGGAGGAUUAAAUUUUGCAAGUUGCGAGUGAGGCUGAGACAGUGGCCGUUCAUCUUUUACCUCCAAAAACCAGAGCACCAAAACCAAAUCAAUGGCAGCCACCGCCGGAAAAUACCUCAAAAACUUUUCCCACUGUAUCACCUCAGGCAUUCGCAUCCCCAUAUUUCCUUUCUCUCCUGUUCUCACUUCCCCCUUCUCUUCCACCAUCCAUAUAAGACGACAGCUCCUCAUUUCCCCUUCACUUAUUACACAAUUCUCUUCUUCUCCUACCCAUUACACCUCUGCAAAGUAUCUAUCUGUACGCAUCCGGUGCCGCAAAGAUAUCGUGGAUUUGCUUUCAGAAGCUCUGCUAAAUUUUGGUGCGAGCUCCACUAGUGUUGAUGAAGACGAUGCAUGUGGUCGCUCUCACGAGAUAUAUGUUGACACAAUAUUCCCUGAUGGUCAAGAUGUAAGUAAAUGCAUCUCAUAUGCGGCUGAUUCUGUAGGCUUGAAGGAGUUACCUUUAUACGAAGUUACAAUUGGUGAACAAGAUGAUUGGUUAAAGAAAUCCCAGGAAUCAUUUCAGCCAGUUAAGGUUAUGGAGGGACUUUGGAUAGUGCCCGAGUGGACAACUCCCCCGGAUGUCCAUGCGACAAAUAUUACUCUAUAUUCUGGAUUGGCAUUUGGAACAGGGGAACACCCAACUACAAAGUUGUGUCUGCUACUGCUGCACAGCUUAGUGAAAGGAGGGGAAAAUUUCUUGGACUAUGGCACAGGAUCUGGCGUUCUUGCAAUUGCAUCACUGAAGUUUGGGGCUGCCUUAUCUAUUGGAAUCGAUGUAGACCCGCACGCUAUUGAAUCUGCCCAGCAAAAUGCUGCUCUGAACAAUAUAGAACCCGAAAAAUUGCAACUUCAUCUGGUUCCUAGUGAUAUUACAGAAUAUAAAUUUAGUGAAAUAUAUAUCUCUGGAAAGGAGAACUUUGACAUCGUCAUUGCUAAUAUACUUCGAAAUCCUCUGCUAGAUUUGGCUGAUUAUGUUGUCUCUUAUGCCAAACCCGAGGCAGUCGUUGCUCUCUCCGGUCUUCUAUCCGAGCAGGUUCCAGCUAUUAUAGAACGAUAUUCACAGUACUUGGAAGGCAUAUCAGUCUCAACUAUGGAUGAUUGGGCCUGUGUGAGUGGCAAAAAGAAAAGGCUGCUUUCUGGCAGCUGAUAGAAUCUCACUCAGCUAUUUCCAUAACUUUCACGGAAGAAUGACUAAUUUGAUUAAAGCAUCAUAACGAAGAAUAUCUAGUAAUUAUCGGGUAAGUUGUGCAAUUUCUACAGACUUUGCUACUUUGACAAUGGAGAGAGGUUAAUGAAAUGAAUAAAAUUGGAUCAUUUAUUGUUGGGCAGAGCUAGAAGCUUUCAUAAUUUUACGUCUAAGAUGGACUAAGGGUGAUCCAUCUCUUGUCCCUUCUUCGCUCCUUCCCUACCUGUAUUAGGAAUUUAGGAAGUUAUGAAACAAGGUAGGCCUGUCAGACAUUUGACCUCAAUUUCAUGGAAUCUGAGAGGGUAAAAUCAUAUUGACUAUCUCAUUCUACUUGAGAUGAUGUUUUCUUUCAGGUAUUUUCUUGUUACCAGCACAGGUCGAGUAUUUUACAUUUUUCCAGUAAAUUUUCAACGUUUGCAGAAAUUUUCUUAUCUUACUCUUGCUCUCGGGAAGGCUGCAAGGAUCAGGCAACAACCAGGUGUUGUUCGAAGAGGACGACUUAAGUGCCAAAUGCUGCAAUCAACUAAGCCCUUUUGAAAGCUGAAAUAUUAUGUGAAGUUAUGAAUGAGAUCAGCCCCUCUCCCAUGCUUCAACCAGAGGAUCAUAUUCAUAAUUCAUAAGUGAACGAGGAUAAGAAAAAUGUGCUUUUAGUCUUGGCCAUAUUUUAACUGUAACUUAAUGUAGUCAAGUAUUUCAAAUUGGCGUUUGUAAAAAUAAUUUAUUCAGUGCUCGUUUGCUGGAACUGAACUAGUAAUGUUCGAACGAAAAUUGUGUAUGAGGCCACCUACCUAA